AUGUAUGGAGGUUUCCGAUUGACUCACUUGUUCGUGCAUCAGAACUCUUUCCAUCAACGCCUGUGGUCCAAUGAUGCAGCCCAGUCUCAUGCCCGCAGAAACGAUCUUGCUGAAACUAUCCAGCCUGAUCACGCGGUUGUCAACAUCCAUGGACAAGAAACUUGGAAAUCUAUCCUAAUGGAAAUGUUCAUUACCCCAGCAGUCGAGGUCAGAGCAUUUCCGAAAUCAAUCUUAGUUCCGUCUGUGAGUUCUAUCGUCACGUUCGAAAUUGGGAAUAAGGAGGCGUUUGGCAAUCCUCCAGCGAAAAACACUCCAUCUUUCGGUAAAGUCUCCAAGCAUUUCACUGUAAAACAAAGCCGGUUUCCUUCCUUAUUAGAAGAGGACGGAAUAGAAUUUUCUCCUUCCGCGAAAGAAAUUCAUCCUUCGGCAACUAGUUUCAGAUCGCCCGACAAAAUCACUGCAGGAACAGGAAACCCUUACAUAUACACAAGUAAGAAGCUAACUGAUCACGAGGAUGAGGACGCGAAAACGGAGUCGGAUGGGAGCAGAUCUGUUUCAACAAUGCGGUUCGUCCUUGUUUGGGGCAUCGGAUGUUACGUAACAUUUUCAGUCGUGGUUCAGAGAACCAAGUGUUUUCCUGAUCCGAUUACACCCGACUCAAAUUCGCUCAGAGAUCCCGAGGAUUAUGAAGAGAUGAUUGAGCUCAUCAUCAGCGAAAGGAGAGGAGAACAAGACCUUUUUUUGCGGAGAAAAUCUGAUGCAAAGAGUUGGGAUCAGCAAUUCGAAUCCAGUGAAGGAGAAUUCCAGGAGCGAGAAGAAACGUUUUAUUCAAAUAACCCAGAAAAAUCUGAGGUUCUGGAAGUUUCGAAUAUCUCUUCAACGUCCUCUGAGUCGUUCCAUUACACAUAUGCUGAAGAACCUUGUAGAUACUCAUUAUUCUCAUCUGAGCUGAGUGCAUUGGAAAAGUCCACAGAUUUGAAAGACGAUUUCAAGCCCAAUGGAACAGAAGAACCCUCCAUUUAUGACAACUUGGAAGACUUUGAAUACGGUGAAGUUGGGGCUGACAUAUUUGAUUCCAAACUCUCACCUUUUGAUGACAUUGCUGAGAUGACCGCAGCAGUUCAGCGCCACAAAUUGAUUAUCAUUAUGCUGAUGGACAUCCUGAUGAAUAUCAUCCAGUACAUCCAGUACAUCCCCAUCAUCCAGGACAUCCCCCUCAACCAGAACAUCCAGGACAUCCCCAUCAUCCAGAACAUCCAGAACAUCCCCAUCAUCCAGAACAUCCAGAACAUCCCCAUCAUCCAGGACAUCCCCCUCAUCCAGAACAUCCAGGACAUCCCCAUCAUCCAGAACAUCCCCAUCAUCCAGGACAUCCCCCUCAUCCAGAACAUCCAGGACAUCCCCAUCAUCCAGAACAUCCAGAACAUCCCCAUCCUGAACAUCAUCAGGAUUCCUUGUGGUACAUUGACGGCAGAUUUUUUGGAGAUUGGAGAACCUCCAGCGGGAGAAACUCCUUUCCUGACUGCAGAAAACCUUGAAAACCACAUGGCACCCUUCAUUGAAGAAAAGAACCACGAAUCACACUUUCGUCAGAUGCAGAAUGCGUCCCGUGAGAUUCAGCUUCAGAAUCAUCCCCUGUUUCGUUAG